AUGCCGAACGAAAAUGUCCCUUCACACGCAGCUGCGUUGGCCAAGGUCAGUGCUAUUGUACCCGCGGAGGGCAAUGCUCAAACUACGUACGGCGAAAAAUAUACGCACUCACACAAGCAUGUGUACGCGCAGCGGUGGCGUCAGUGUUGUCCAAAGAGUAUAACCAUAACCAUACCAAGUGCGGUCGUGCUUGCAGCCAACGAAAAAGUAUCCGAAUUGCACGCCCAAAGAGGGCGCGAAUGA